GUUGUUUAAUUUUGACAUUGUUUUCAUAACAAUAACGUGGGGUUUGAAAUUGACCCAAAAUUACAAUUUGAACCCAAUUUUUGUUUGUUUGGGAUAAGACAAUCCUAAUCGAUGCUAAUAAUACAAUUGCAUUAAAAAAUUUUGCAGAUUUUUUUCCUGAAAUGAUUUUAAUCGCUUAAGAAUUAUGGAUUUCCGAUUAAUGUUUAAUGAAUAUUUGAAUUUUACAAUAAUACUAACACAUCAAAUUAUUCGAAUUAAAAAAAGAAAACUAGUAACUUGAUCAGUUUUUAAGCAAUUACAUAUCUUUCGAAAAAACUUACGAUACGAUCAUUUUUAAAAGAUUUGUUUACAAGUUUAAAGUUAAAAUAAUAACAACGGUGGACCCUGUCUCUCUGUUAAAAAAUAAAAAUGGAAAGUCAAGCUGAGGUAAUUCCUACGACGCAGGAAAACAAUAAUAAUGGGGACACAACAAUAAAUAAUUUACCAAGUUCAAAUCCAUCAAGUUUACCGUUUUAUCAAAUUAGUAAAAGAUAUACAUUAGCGAUUUUAUCACAUAUUGGUUUAAUAUUAACGAUUUCGAUAUUUUCGUACUAUCACAAAAUCCUUGAUUUAAACAAGUAUACCGAUAAUGAUGAAUCUAUGAAAUUUUGGUACAAGAUGAUGUAUAUUCUUGUACAAAUACCUGCAGCUAUUUUUAGUUAUAAAUAUUCAGCUACACAUUUAUUUGGAAUCUGUAUUUUGGGUAACUCGAUAGUAACUUUUCUAUUUCCAAUUAUAUCAAAAUGGAAUGAUCCAGCACUCCUGAUAGUUACAUUAUUUCAUGGUCUUUUUAUGGGAGCAACAUUUCCUUCAUUUUAUUCAAUAUGGCGAUAUUGGGCUCCACCAUCAGAACGUACAACAUUAGUUGCAAUAGGAUAUACAGGAAUACUUUCUGGUCGGCUAAUAUUUAAUCUAAUAUCAACAUGUAGCUUUAAGCUGGAAAAUAUUUUACAUAUGUAUGGUUUGAUAGGAAUAUUAUGGCAUUUUACGUGGCGUCGAUUUGCAUUUGAACAUCCGUCUCAACAUCCAAGUAUAAUGGAACAAGAAUUAACAUAUUUACAAAAAACUAUAACCAUAACCCACGAAAUUCCGGUACCGUCAAUUCCUUGGAAAAAAAUCUUGAAGAACACGCCAAUAGCUACGUUAAUCAUAGUUGAUUAUUUAUACAAUUUAUCAAUACCGCUAAUAUCGGUGUCAAUGGACAAAAAACAAUUAUUAAUCAAUAAUUCCGUUCGCUUAAUUUCAAUUCUUGUAACCAGUUAUGCAAUUGAUUUACUUUUACAAAAAACGUCAAUUCGAAAAAUAAUUUUAAGAAAAAUUCAUAUAAGUGGUGGUUUGAUAACAAAUGUACUUCUAUCUUGGAUCGCAUGGAUCCUAUUUUUGACAUUUGGAAUUGGUUAUGUGGAUGAUUUAUCUCCAGUUUGGUACAAUAUAGCAUCGUAUCUUACAACGAUUGUUUUUUAUUUACCGUUUAUUGGAUUGUAUGUAAAUUAUUUAGAAAUUUCGGGAAAAUAUGCUGGAAUUACAAUUGCAAUGAGGAACAUGAUGUUAAUGUCAAAUUAUUUGUUUAUGUUGUUAUCAGAUUACAUGGAUUUUCAUAUUUUCAGAAUUAUAGACAAUAUUUUCUUUCGUCAAUUUUCAUAUAUGUUCCUAUUUAUUUGUGGAGCAUUGUUUUAUGGUAUUUUUGGAAAAAGUGAACAGCAGGAUUUAGAUAAUGCGCAGGGGCUACGAUUUAAUAGAUUUACAUAUAAUCCAAGCCCUAGAGAUGAAGAUUUUAAUGCACAAUAAUUUUGAAAAUCUAUACCCAAAACAAAGAUUCCAACGAAAAUGUAAAGUUAGGAUCAAUUUUACCGUCUAAUAUUUUAAAAUUUGUGUUGUUU